AUUUUUUUUUCUCUGAACGACUAACGUUUUCUUUGUUUCGUGGUUCUCGGAAAAGGAAAAAAACUCAGUGUUAUUUAUGAAUUCCUGCUUUGAUAAUAAAUUAAUCUUUCAACCAUCCACUCCGAGCGGGACUUCCCGGUGUCCAAACAUUUCAAUUCCGAUUUCCAUUCCCGUUCCGACGUGUCAUCCCAUCCCUUGCCAAGAUGAGGCCACCCUCAGGGUGCGGGAUCAGCAACUUGUAUUCCGUCUGGGUGCCCCCACCCACCCUGAUGGCAUGGAUAUCGAUUUCCCCUUCCGGUGAACAAAUUUACCUCAUACCCCUCCGUCCCACUCCCUCUCAUCCCCUCUGUCUUUGUACGUCCUCUCACCUGCUUAUCACUUCACUCUGGGUCCACUGCUCCAUCCCUUUCUCAAUAUAUUGAAGUGUACCUGUGAGUGUCGAUACUCAAAAUAUCCUCACACGUCUGGUGUUACAUGGUUCGACCUUCAUACAUCCAGUUUAGUGUUUAAAUAUAUAAAAAGUUAAAGAAGCUAGAAUCUUUACAUAAAUUAUUAUCGCAACGAUACGUAUAUAAAAUAUUGUAUUUUGGAAGUGACAAAUGUUAACGGGUGGAGAGCAACCAUUUAGGAGGUUUGGAAAUGCAUUUCAUCUAGUUCAUUUCCUCACUAAAUUACUCUUUUUUCCUAUCAACACAAAGAGAAAAAGAGCUUCUUUUCAAUCAACUACAGUUGGUGGAGCGAGGCCAAGGAGUUGAUCAGCUACUAAUCAUAUGAAAUGACGUAAAACUAGCUUGUAACCUAGAAUUUUUUUUUUCCAUUUGGCUUCCAAAACAAAAUUAAAUUUAUCCAGGUGUAGAAGGGGAUUUUGGAUGAUUAGCUUGUGUAUCUGAUCAAAAUCAGGCCGAAGAUGAGCGAGAGUGAAUAUUUCUUUCAUUAUUUUCGACUCUUAAACAUGGGUUUCGAUGUUCAUUCCUUGCUUAAUAUAGCUCCUUCCUGGAAUCCAAUGGUAUCCAUGGGAAAGAGCGGAUGAAUGCUUGCAUUUGUGUCCAGCUAUUUCCCAGCUUCCUAGGACAACGGGUUGAGCGAGAAGGAAUGUCACAAAUACCUAAAUAAAAAACAGUCACAGCUCCAGGAUUUCACCAAAAACGAUCAAAUAUCCUAAUGUUAUUAGUGGUAUUUUUCCCCACUAGCCAACACCCCCUCAUCCCAACCCCCGCUUCCGUAAAAUUCCCUCUAUUUAAUAUCCAGGCUUGCUAAAGUCCGCGCUUGUUUAUUUUGACUGUUUCUCAGAGGUGUCGGAGCGGCUCUCCGGCUCCGCUCUGGUAGCACUGCAGCCCUGAAUGUAUGAGACAGUACAUUGUUAAAUGCAAAACCCUGAACAAUUUCGAUGAUCAGAAGGAUCUUAGACUCCAGGUUCAUCGCUCCCUGAAAGAGACUGCACAGAUUGAUCGGGUGGUUAAGAAGGCAAAUGGCAAGGUUGUCUUUAUUAGUUGAAGCACUGAGUUCAAAACUCAUGAAGUUAUGUUGCAGAUUUGUAAAACUUGUCAGCCCACAUCUGGAGUGUUUCAUACAGUUCUGGUCGCCCCCAUUGUCGGAAGGAUGUCGAAGCCUUGGAGAGGGCGCAGAAGAGGUUUACCAGGACCCUGCCUGGAUUAGAGGGCAUGAGCUAUAACGAGAGUUUGGACAAACUUGUGUUGUUUUCUCCAGAGCGGCGCAGGCUGGGGUGAGACUGGAUGGACGUUUAUCAGAUUACGAGAGGAAUGGAUAGAGUGGACAGAGGUUAGACUUGCAGUGAGAGAUUUAUUGGAAGAAAAACCACGACUGAAGAUGAGGGAACAGCAACAAGUGAACCAGCCCGAGGAUUGAGAGCAUCAACUAGAGAGAACCCAUCUGACUCGGAGAUUCCACUGAUUCAGUCAGGAGAAAGUUUGAUUACAAAUGACGAGGAAUUUGCGGGAAUCGUGAACACAACACACUAGUUUUGUUGUCGCUGUCCAGAUAUUUAAGAAGUGGAACAAGGGAUUCACUCGAUCAUCUUUCCUGCUCAGACAGUGGGGAGGGAUUCAGUUGAUCAUCUGUGUGACUGGCAUACCCGUCAUCUUACACAGUCGGGACCCGAUCAUCUGCUCAGACGGUGGGAAUGGAUUCAAUCGGAUAUUUCAACUGAAGGUACAUCAGCAAGUUCCCACUGGUCAAAGCCAUUCACCGGUUCUGUGUGCGAGAAGGAUUUCAGUCGGUCAUCCCACCUGUGGACACACAAGUCAGUUCACAAUAGGCAGAGGCUGGUCAUCUGCUGAAUUUGUGGGGAAGGAUUCACUCGGUCAUCUGAUCUAAUGGCUCACCAGCGAGUUCGUACAGAAGAGCGGCCGAUCACCUGUUCAGACUGUGGGACGGGAUUCACUCGGUCAUCUAAACUAAAGGUACAUCAGCGAGUUCACACUGGGGAGAGGCCUUUCACCUGCUCAGACUGCGGGAAAGGAUUCACUCAGUCAUGGACCCUAGUUGCACACCAGCGAGUUCACACUGGUGAGAGGCCGUUCAACUGCUCAGACUGCGGGAAGGGAUUCAUUUACCCAUCCCAACUGAGGGAGCAUCACCGAGUUCACACUGGGGAGAGGCCGUUCACCUGCUCAGUUUGUGGGAAGGGAUUUACUUGGUCAUCUCAACUGAAGGAACAUCAGAGUGUUCACACUGGAGAGAGGGCAUUCACUUGCUCAGACUGUGGGAAGGGAUUCACUCAGUCAUCUAAACUGAAGGAACAUCAAAGAGCUCACACUGGAGAGAGGCCAUUCACCUGCUCAGACUGUGGGAAAGGAUUCACUCAGUCAUCUGAUCUUAAGGUACAUCAGCGUGUUCACACUGGGGAGAGGCCAUUCACCUGCUCAGACUGUGGGAAGGGAUUCACUUUAUCAUCUCAACUGAAGCUACAUCGGCGAGUUCACACUGGGGAGAGACCGUCCACCUGCUCAGACUGUGGGAAGGGAUUCACACGGUCAUCCGACUUACUGGUACACAAGUCAGUUCACAUUGGGAAGAGCCCGUUCACCUGUUCAGACUGUGGGAAGGAAUUCACUCGGUCAUCUAAACUGAAGGUACAUAAGCGAGUUCACACUGGAGAGAGACCGUACAUCUGCUCAGUGUGUGGGAAAGGAUUCACUCUGUCAUCCAACCUAAUGGCACACCAGCGAGUUCACACUGGGGAGAGGCCGUUCACCUGCUCGGACUGUGGGAAGGGAUUCACUUGCUCAUCUAAUCUGAAGGUACAUCAGCGAGUUCACACUGGAGAGAGGCCAUUCUCCUGCUCAGACUGUGGGAAGGGAUUCACUCAGUCAUCUCAACUGAAGGAACAUCAGAGUGUUCACACUGGAGAGAGGGCAUUCACCAGUUCAGACUGUGGGAAGGGGUUUACUCGGUCAUCCCCCCUACUGGUACACAGGUCAGUUCACACCAGGGAGAGGCCGUUCACCUGCUCCGUGUGCGGGAAGGGAUUCACUUGGUCAUCUCAACUGAAGGAACAUCAGAGAGUUCACACCGGGGAGAGGCUGUUCACCUGCUCAGAACAUGGGAAGGGAUUCAGUCGGUCAUACGACCUUCUGGCACACAAACGAGAUCACACUGGGGAGCGGCCGUUCACCUGCUCAGACUGUGGGAAGGGAUUUACUUGGUCAUCUCAACUACAGAGACACCAGCGAAUUCACACUAAGUAGAGGCUGAUCACCUGCUCAGACUUUGGGAAGAGAUUCUCUCAGCUCGAUCAACUAAAUGUUCAUCAUUGUGUUCACAUUGGGGAGAGGCUGUUCUCCUGCUGUGAAUGUGGGAAGCGAUUCACUAAGUCAUCUAACCUUAUGCAUACAUCGCUUCGGCUAGCAACUUAAUACAGGGGGUCAUAGCCCCCCCCCCAGCCUAGAAAAGAAAUCUCAUUUGGGUGGAUGCUGCGAGAUGUGCCCCCUGUUAUACAUCAGUACUGUACCCCGAAAUAACAAAUGGUACACAAUAUGUGAUUAAGCAAUUGAGCUUUAUAAUUCUUACUUUGACUGAGGCAAUGAUGUACAGUAUAUCAGUAAAG